AUGCUUAAUACCGAACUCGUCGAUAAAACUUUUGCGACUUUUUUAUUCCGAUUAAGUAUCUCGUUGAUUGGCUUAUUGCUAUCGGUGCUAAAAGGGUUGGUUGAGAAGUUAAGUAUUAAAGUUGAGAAGUUGAGUGUUAAGAUUAAGAAGUUAAAGUUAAGUGUUAAGGUUAAGAAGUUAAAGUUGAGUGUUAAGGUUGAGGUUGAAAAGUUAAGUAUUAAGGUUGAGGUUGAGAAGUUAGGUGUUAAGGUUAAGAAGUUGAAUGGAAUGUAA